AUGUCCGAUUCUCGCAUUUUGAACCGACUUGACACACUUGACCUACUGAAGAGACCAGUUUUAUCAAUAAAUGCGAUGCUCCCUCGUCGGCGAAAUAUCGGAGGUGCAACAGAGCGAACACCUUUGAGAAACGAUUCUGAUUCUUAUAAUAAACUAGAUAAAAAAGGUGUACCAGUUAAUAACAAUUCCAUUAUUUUCAAUCCCUUUUCUAAAUCACAAGAUACAGAGGUACAGCAUAAUUAUAGUGCGCAAGCAGACUUUUCAUUUGACAUUCUUGAAGAAUUUGUUUUUGAACCUGUAAUGGCUGCUAGGGAUAGAACCAAUGAAUUUAUAUCAGCAGUACGAAGCCUUCAAGGCAGGACUCUGGUCAGACCGGCUGUGAGAGAUGAAAGAAAAGCCCAAAUAUUAGAAACUUACUCACAGUUUAUGAGUAUGGCUAAAGUUAUAAGCAAGAAUAUCACAAGCACAUAUGCUAAACUUGAAAAAUUGGCGCUGCUUGCCAAAAAGAAGUCACUAUUUGAUGAUCGGCCAACUGAGAUACAAGAACUGACAUAUAUUAUAAAAGGAGACUUGGGUUCCCUAAAUCAACAAAUUGCCAGACUGGGAGAGAUGCCGAAGGGUCGUCGGAGUAUGCACAGUCAUUCGUCUAGUGUUGUACUAGCAUUACAGUCUCGUUUGGCUUCUAUGAGCAAUCAAUUUAAACAGGUACUUGAAGUAAGGUCUGAAAACUUGAAACAUCAAAAUAGCAGGCGUGAACAGUUUUCGAGAGUGGCACCUUUAGUGAAAGAAGUGCCAUCCCUCUUACAACAAGAUGAUGUAAGUAUUGAUUUAGGAGAAACAUCAAGUAUGCAAACACAACAGUUGGCUUUGAGAGACGAUUCAGACAGUUAUGUGCAACAAAGAGCUGAAACCAUGCAUAACAUCGAGAGCACUAUUGUAGAGUUAGGAGGAAUAUUUCAGCAGUUAGCCCACAUGGUUAAAGAACAAGAUGAAGCCAUUGGAAGAAUUGAUGCAAACAUUCAAGAAGCUGAAAUGAAUGUUGAAGCAGGCCAUAGAGAAAUAAUGAAAUAUUUUCAAAGUGUCACAGGCAACAGAGCAUUAAUGUUUAAAGUUUUUGGUGUAUUGAUAUUUUUUUUCAUAUUCUUUGUUGUUGUAAUGGCUUGA